UCUGUUCAGAAGCUGUAAGAGGAAAAGAAAGAGAAAACGGUCCUGCAGUACAUCCUGAGACAGAGGGAACUGUUUUGUCACUUGUUACAUGGCGGAAUGAGCUGAAAAAAAGCCUUCACUGGUUUUCACUGGAAUUCAUUUACGGAUUUUACGCAUCUGGAAGUCGCCUUUUUUGCGUAAAAAACAACAAUCACCGAGCUAUGAAGGGAGAGAGGAAGGAGUGAUUUUACGUGGUUUGAUUAUAUUUGAUGCUGUGGAGGUUUCUGGCUGGUUUAAGCCGAUUAUUGCGAGCUGAGGACGGGAAAGGAACACUGAGAGAGACGGAGAGACGCACCGCGGUGACUGGAGGGACAGAGGGCUGUAAAGAGUGGAAACAUGAGAUUGAUCAUCAUCUCUGCGGUUCUGCUGUUAAAAGUUGCUCUUGGAGAGGCUUGUGCCAGUGGCAAGUUCACUGAAUCGGGACACUGCUGCAGAUUGUGUCCUGCUGGUUAUGAAGUGGAGGUAGAGUGUGGGAAGGAGGAUACCAAAUGCAAACCGUGUCCAAAGGGAACCUUUUCCCCAUCUGAAGGCCUUGAAGCUUGCCGUCCUUGCAGCACGUGUCCACGUGGUGUCCCCAUGUUGGCUUCUUGCUCAGCAUCCCAGGACAUCCAAUGCGACUGUGACACUGGCUAUUACUUUUUGAGCUCCUUAUCUCUGUGCGCGCCCUGCUCCAAAUGUGGGCGGGGUCAGGGGGUGGUUCGGGAGUGCGACCAUCAAGGAAACAGGGUUUGCCAGAAGUGUGGCCCGGGAACCUUUAUGGAGGAUGAUUUCCAUACCAAAGAGUGCCAGCUUUGCACUCAGUGCUCUGAAGAAGAGGUGGAGAUCCGGGCCUGUUUGUUCUUUUCUGACACUGUCUGCUUGGAUAAGCAACUGCACAUUUUGUCUCGCCCUGCCUUGAACAUCCCAAACGGGACAUUGCUGAUGGAGGAGGGGGAAGGUGGUAACCCCACACUCGGACCUUCCAAGCUGACCCCGCAGGACGAGGGGGACAGCAACAACAUUCUGGCCUAUGUGUCCGUUCCUGCUGCUGUGGUGCUGGGCUUGUUGGUUUACGUGGCUUAUAAAUGUUGGCAGUCGUGCAAACAGAAGAAGGCUCUCUCCAAGGCCCGUGUGGCAGAGCUGGGAACAUCUCCAGAAGCAGAAAAGCUCCAAAGUGACAGUGGUGUUUUUCUAGACACCUACAGCCUGCAGGAUAACCAGCCUAGCAAAGGUACUAAGAGAGACAGCAAGUACGACAACCGCCUUUACAUCAACCUGCCACCGAACAAGCAGGAGGAGGUGGAGCGCCUUCUGCAGGAGGCGAGCGGCCGCGGAUGGAGGCACCUUGGUGCUGCGCUGGGCUAUGAACCCGAACAGCUGGACCUGUUCGGACGUGGCGAGGCCCCGACACACACACUCCUGUCUAACUGGGCCCAGAAAGAGGGCUCUACUCUGGGACUGCUGAGCUCGGCGCUGGCCCGCAUAGAGAGAUCCGAUGUGGUGACGGCGCUUAACAGCAGCCAGCAGGGUGCCUCUGUCGUCUGACACACUAGAAGGCCCUGCAGUGACAAUCACAGACUCAAGUGAGGGAUUUAAAGAGGAAAAGGAAGGCACUCGGUUUUCAGAUCUUCUGUCAUGGUUAAAUGGAGUCUCUUUUAACUAUGUUGACAGAUCUUUUUUUUUUUUUCACUAGAAUACCAGCAAUACUCUAAAAAAUAUAUCUUUUUUUUUUUUGCUUUAUUUGAACUGUAGGAGAGAAAGCCAUGCUGCGUGGAAACAGAAUAUUUGUCUUGUAUUGCAGGGCUCAUUUCACUGAAUAUACAGUGUUGUAAAAAGAAUUCCUACCAUAAGGUUUUUUUUCUUUUUGUUGGUUAGAUUGAAAUGUUUUUAGAUCAUCAAAUACAUUUUAAUAUCAGACAAAGAUAAACCUUAGUAAAUACAAAAGCAGCUUUAAAAAGAGGCUUCGGUUGAUUAAAUGAAAGUAUUUUAAAUCUGGCCUAAUCAGACAAUGUAAAUGCCCCCUUAAUCUAAAAUAUGGUUUUGCAGCAUUUGGCCAAAACACAUACAUGAUCCCAGGAUUUAUUUUAUUUUAUUUUUCAGAAAUGUUGUGUUAGUUUACACCUUAACAAGAUGUACAACUUAUAAAAGCUACCAGAGGAAACUGACCUUAACUGAGGUAAAUGAGGUCUGCAGUGCUUUACAUGGUGUUUUGUGACGUCUUAGAUGAGUCAGGGACACACUAUGGUUUGCCACCCUGUCCUGUCAAAGUUUAUCUCUGUUCACUAUGCUUAACAGGAGACAAAAUAAAUUAGACUGAAAGUUGUCAGUUGAUCAGUUGAUGUAAAAAAUACUUACAUCCUCCCACUUCUGAAAUCAAAAUUUCAUCCAUAGUUGUUAGGGAGGUUUGGGUUAGUAAAACUGACCCAAAAAUUAGAUUAACCAUAUUUGAUUCAAAUGUGAAAAUGCAUAUUUUCACAUGCAGCCAGGUUGUUUGGGAUGUUGUUUUUUCCCCUUGAGAGGUAAAAUCUGCAUUUAAAAACAGAAAGUUGUAUUAACUCUAGUUAUCUUUUUUGAUAACAAAAUUUAUUGGAUGAUCUUUAAUAUUUGAGUGGGACCACAAGUAAAAAACUGCAAAGAGUUCAGGUCAAAAUACCCGAGCAAGCUGCUCACUACGCCAACAGUGUACGAAUGUCCCUCCUAGCCAUAUAAGGGUACUACGAGACCGUUAACAAAAGGCACCCAAAUACUGUAAAUACUCAGUAAAUAAAGGUGCUCCAUGUGUUAUUAUUAUAAAGCAUCUGCAUUACCUGAACAAAAAUCUGAUGAUAUCCAAUGUCAACACAAAUUAUUUCUCUUGAAGUUGUUGUAUAUUGAACCCCUUAGCUAAACAUGUUCAUCUUUGGUAACCUUUUUUUAAUAAAAAACUUU